AGCUACUAUCACCUUUUUAAUAAAGAAAUAUAAAUGAUUAUUCUCCCUGGUCCUGCAGCUCUGCCGGUAGCAAAGCAGCAGUCACUCACUGAAGCAGCUUCAAAAGUGCUUAGCAAAGUGAAGAGAGUUGACGCACGUUUUGUGCACUUCGUAGAUGUUAAGAAGCCUCUCGAUGAUACUCAACAGUCCAUUCUCAGCGAUUUGCUCGUCUACGGUGAAAAGAGUGAUUUGGAUUUAGGUAGAGCGUUUUACGUUAUUCCACGUCCAGGUUCUAUUACUCCUUGGUCUACAAAAGCUUCAGAUAUCGCCAAAAUGUGUAGAUUGGAUGGUGUAGUUGAUCGUAUAGAGAGAGGUAUUGCAUAUGUUAUAGAAACUACAGACAACUCAGCUGUCAAAUUGAAUGAAUUGGCUCCAUUUUCUCAUUUGUUGUUCGAUAGAAUGACCCAAUUGCUUAUCGAUUCUCCACCAAUGGACAAGGAUAUGUUUGAAAAGUUGUCUCCUGCACCACUCAAGACUGUUCAAUUACCAAAGGAUGAGAGUGAAGCUAGAAUGACACUCAUCACUGCUAACUCAAGUCUCGGUUUGGCGCUCUCACCUGAUGAGAUCGAAUACCUCGUCGGCGCAUUCGUUAGUCACCCAUCCAAUGCACUCAUGAGGGAUCCUACAGAUGUUGAAUUGUUCAUGUUUGCUCAAGUCAACUCAGAGCAUUGUCGUCACAAGAUCUUCAACGCACAAUGGACAAUUGACGGCAAAGUUCGCGAUUUGAGUUUAUUCCAAAUGAUCAGAAACACGGAGAAAGUUAUUAAUGGUUUAAACACAGUUAGUGCAUACUCCGACAAUGCAGCUAUUCUUCAAGGAUCAAAAGCUGCUCGUUUCGCUGCCGUACAAGGUGACACUGGUUUGCCUGUCUACAGCGCUCGUCCAGAGGAUAUGCCAAUUUUGGCAAAGGUUGAAACUCACAACCACCCUACUGCUGUAUCUCCAUAUCCUGGUGCAGCCACAGGAUCAGGUGGUGAAAUCCGUGACGAGGGUGCUGUUGGAAGAGGUUCUAAACCUAAAGCGGGCAUGAGCGGUUUCACAACCUCCAACCUUCUCAUCCCUGACAAUAUCCAACCAUGGGAGACAGACUUCGGAAAGCCUUCUCACAUUGCCUCCAGUUUGGACAUCAUGAUUGAUGGUCCACUCGGUGCAUCUAGUUUCAACAACGAGUUUGGUCGUCCAGCAAUCUCAGGUUACUUUAGAACAUUCUGCGAGGAAGUCCCUGUUGAUGAAAAUAAAACUGAAAUUAGAGGUUACCACAAGCCAAUUAUGUUAGCAGGUGGUCUCGGUAACGUUCGUCCACAGUUCACACACAAAGGACAGAUCAGCGUUGGCGCUCACAUUAUCGUCCUCGGUGGUCCUGGAAUGCUCAUCGGUCUUGGUGGUGGUGCCGCAUCAUCAAUGGCUUCAGGUGCCAGCUCCGCAGAGCUUGAUUUCGCAAGUGUCCAAAGAGAGAAUCCAGAAAUGCAACGCAGAUGCCAACAAGUUAUUGAUAGCUGUGUUUCACUCGAUAAUGGCAAUCCAAUUCAAUCCAUUCAUGAUGUUGGUGCUGGUGGUCUCUCAAACGCUCUCCCUGAGCUCGUUCACGAUGCUGGCCUCGGUGCACACUUUGAGAUUCGUGAUGUUCUCUUGGCUGAUGAGAGCAUGUCUCCAAUGGAGAUCUGGUGUAACGAAUCACAGGAACGUUACGUUAUGGCAGUCGCUCCAUCUAACCUCGCUCUCUUUGAGCAGAUCGCUAAGCGUGAACGUUGUCCAUACGCUAUAGUCGGUCGUGCUACCGAAGAAGAAAGAUUGCUUUUGACUGAUAGAUUACUCAAGAGCACACCAAUCGAUUUACCAAUGUCAAUCUUGUUCGGUAAAACACCAAGAAUGUCACGCGAAGUCGAGACUGCCACUCCAUACAGAGAUGAAUUCGACACAUCACUUGGUAAAUACUUAGGUUCUGGUUUGGAUGUUAAGCAAAUCAUGACUGAAUCUGUCGACCGUGUUAUGAGAUUGCCUACAGUUGCCUCAAAAUCCUUCUUGAUCACUAUUGGUGAUAGAUCCAUUACUGGUUUGGUUUCACGUGAACAGAUGGUCGGUCCAUGGCAAGUACCAGUUGCCGAUGUCGCUGUAACACGCACAUCAUACGGCUUUGACAAUCUCUAUGGUGAAGCUAUGGCAUGCGGUGAGAGAACACCACUCGCAUUGUUGAGUGCUGCAGCUAGUGGUAGAAUGGCAGUCGCUGAAUCGCUCACAAAUGCGGCAGCAGCCAACAUCGCAGAUUUGUCAAGCGUCAAACUCUCAGCUAACUGGAUGUCAGCAGCUGGAUACGAAGGUGAAGGUGCACGUCUCUACGAGGCUGUUCAAGCUGUCGGUAUGGACCUCUGUCCUAAGCUCGAGAUCGGUAUUCCUGUAGGAAAGGACUCAAUGUCGAUGUCAAUGAAGUGGAGUGAAGAAGAAAAGCAAAAGCAAGUUACUGCUCCACUCUCAUUGAUCGUCACUGCUUUCGCUCCUGUUCAGGAUGUCAGCAAGACUUGGACUCCAGAAUUAAGAAGAGAUGUUAAUGACACUUCACUUGUUUUCAUUGAUCUCGCUGACAAACAUCAACGUAUGGGUGGUUCAGCAAUUGCCCAAGUCUAUAAGCAAAUUGGUAAAGAAUGUCCUGAUGUUGUUGACGCCAAGGUUCUCAAGUCCUUCUUUGGCGCUUGCCAAUAUGCCCGUGAGGUUGAUCCAGAGUUAGUAUUAGCCUACCACGAUAGAAGUGACGGUGGUCUCUUUACAACUAUUGCAGAGAUGGCUUUCGCUGGUAGAUCAGGUGUUGAGAUUAUGGCUGACUCACUCGGCGCUGAUCCUAUUCAAGCGCUCUUCAAUGAGGAACUUGGUGUCGUAUUGCAGGUCGAAUCAAACAAGCUCGCUCUACUCGCUCAAGUAUUCCACAAGGCAGGAUUCCCACCAAGUGCGAUCCAUACUAUUGGUCGCGUAACGCCAGAAAACGAAAACGUCACCGUUGUUCAACAUAGCAGAGCAAUUUACGAGACUACUCGUGCAGAAUUACAAAAGAAAUGGGCAGAAACAUCAUUCAAAAUGCAAAGUCUUCGUGAUGAUCCAACAUGCGCUCAAGAGGAAUUCAACGCUAUUGAGGCAUCUGCAACUGAAAACCCGGGUCUUCGCUACAACCUUAGUUUCGACCCUGCAUUGUCGAGAUUACCAGCAUCUUUGACUGAGCGUCCAAAAGUUGCUAUCUUGCGUGAGCAAGGUGUAAACGGUCAUAUGGAAAUGGCUUGGGCAUUCGAUAUGGCCGGUUUCCAAGCCGUCGAUGUUCAUAUGUCAGAUAUCCUCACUGGUGCUACUACCCUCAAGGAGUUUAGAGGUUUGGCUGCCUGUGGUGGUUUCUCAUAUGGUGAUGUCCUCGGUGCGGGUGCUGGUUGGGGUAAAUCUAUACUCCUCAAUCCAAUCGCUAGAGCUGAAUUCGAGGCUUUCUUCCACGAUGAGAAGAAAUUCGCUCUUGGUGUUUGUAACGGUAACCAACUCUUCGGUACUCUCAAACCAAUCAUCCCUGGUGCAGAACACUGGCCAGUCUGGAAACCAAACAGAUCAAACCGUUUCGAAGGUCGCACAUGUAUGGUGGAAAUUGAGAAGAACACUGAGAGUAUCUUCCUCAAACCACUUGCAGGUUCCAAACUCCCAAUUGCAAUCGCACACGGUGAAGGUAGAGCUGAAUUUGAAAGCGAUUCAGAUAAGAAUACUCUCAGUGAUAGUGGAAACGUCGCCAUUAGAUACUUGGAUGGAGAUGAUAAGUGGGCUACUAACUACCCAGCUAAUCCAAACGGUUCACCAGAUGCCAUCGGUGGUGUCGUUGGUGCAAAUGGCCGUGUUUUAGGUUUAAUGCCACACCCUGAACGUAACACAAUGACAGAAUCAAACUCCUACACUGAUCCUACUCAAGCAAAGGCUUGGAAGGGCACUGGUCCAUGGUUCUCCAUGUUCGUCGCUGCUAGAAAAUGGGUUGGAUAAAUUAUUUCUUUUCUCUCUUUUUCUUUACAGUCGCAAAAAUUGUUGAUUUCUAUAUUGGAUAUGCAAAAUGUUUCUUUUCUUUCAAAUUUUUAUGGUUUUUGUGCAAAUAAAAUGAAAUAACAAUGCAAAAAUACAUCUAAUUACAUUUG